ACGACUGAGUGUCCACCAAGCGUAACGUGCACUCUCAAUUCAAUCGUGAUCCAAAGAAAAAUCCAAAACGAUUCCUUUUCUCUCCGACGACGCAACCCUUAUCUCCGGCAAUCUUCCAUUUCGCAGCUUCUUGCACGAUUUAAUUUCGUUGCCAAUCGUGAUCGUGAAUUGGUGCCCUACCUCAAACGAAAAUGUCAUCUAUACAUAGAGGAGAUUCCAGAAGGUUCAACAAUAAUAAACCAAGAGCGCGGCACCACUUGACAACGCAGAAGAGACAGGAGAUCAAGGAAGCUUUUGAACUAUUCGACACCGAUGGCUCAGGUACUAUUGAUGCUAAGGAGCUGAAUGUUGCAAUGAGAGCCCUUGGAUUUGAGAUGACGGAAGAGCAAAUUGAGCAAAUGAUAGCAGAUGUCGACAAGGAUGGAAGUGGAGCUAUUGAUUAUGAUGAAUUUGAGCACAUGAUGACAGCCAAAAUAGGAGAAAGGGACACUAAAGAAGAGCUCAUGAAAGCUUUCCAUAUUAUUGAUCAAGACAAAAAUGGUAAGAUAUCUGCAUCUGACAUCAAGCGCAUUGCAAAAGAGCUUGGUCAAAAUUUUACUGAUAGAGAGAUUCAGGAGAUGGUUGAUGAAGCAGAUCAAAAUAAUGAUCGAGAGGUUGAUCCAGAGGAGUUUGUCACGAUGAUGAACAGAACAAGCUUCCGUCACUAGUCAUAUCUACAUCAUGUAUGUAGACUACAUGGAGUAGUAGUUACGGUAGUUUAUAUGUGAAAAAUCAGAUGAUGUUGUACUUCUGCUAGUGUGCAAAUCUUAGGAAUGAUGAAUCAAAUGUUGUUUAUUUUGAUAAGAGAUAUGAAACCAAUAUUAUGAUAUUACGCUACCUGUGAUCAUAUAGAUGCAUUCUGGAAUUUAGCUAUCUUGUUUGGAACAAAUGCAAAUGGGAACAGUAUGCAUGAUAUUUUUACUACUUCAAAA